AACGAUACUGAGAGAGCGCAAAACUAAUAAGAGAAAACGAGACAGAAAAUGUCUGUCUAACGCUAUUGGUUAGGUAUCACGGACACAUGCGCAUAUUUACGGCACGCAAAAAUCAGAAGAGUUGUGUAUACUGUGAAAAUGAUUCGUACAGGAUCUUAAGAUGAACUUAAAACGGUUUUGAACGGUCUUGAUCGAACUGUAAAUAUUGUGAAAAAAUCGUCGAAUCGUCGCGAUGUUCGCAUGCGUGAUCUAGCAUAAAAAGCUUUUAUUUUGUGUACAAUCCCUGGCAAAAAUCAUGAUUGUUCAUUAAGCUUGUAUAACAUAACACGCGCGCUUGUAUAACAUGCAGCUUUGAACCUCCUCUUUCAACGCCAACUAAUACAUAUAUGUCGAAUUUGCUCGGAACUACGCAGAAUCCAUUCUGCGACUACUCUUUGAUCCGUAGAUCGAUUGAUAUUUCUUGUUUUCGUUCAAUUCGAUCACUUCUCAGCUGGCAGCCGACCGCCAUUACUCCCGAGUACUCGGUCCUGCAUUCGUCGUGUGCUUUUUCCCUCUGUGAUAUCGCCGUGAUCGAGCGAUACGUAAACAUUUGUUUAUUGCUACCAAACCGCACGAGGUAUCUAUUGAUAGUCGAUAGUCAUGCGAGCGAUCGUGCGGGAGCGGUGAUCUCUUGGUGAAGAGUGCGCGAAUAUGACGGUGCUAUUGAGUGACAGGGGUUUCGCUUGUUCCACUAGUACGUCCCGAUCGCUCGAUCCGUGAUUGAUUUCUUCGAGGAUACGUCGUUCCUCUCGGAAGCGAACGCGUUCUCGAGGAUCCGUACGUUUCUUAUGAGCAACAUAUCGGACGAUCCGAGUCAUGGCGAAAGACGAAGGGGACGACGUGCUGCCGGACAAGGACGCGGCGAAGGGAUUUUACGCCAAGUAUGAGCCUAAGGAGAUUUUGGGAAGAGGGAUAUCUUCCACUGUGAGAAGAUGCAUAGAGAAAGAAACAGGUAUAGAAUAUGCAGCCAAAAUUAUAGACAUCAGCAAUGAAACUCAUGAUGAUGGUCAUACUAUGAAGGAUGCUACAUUGCAAGAGGUGCAAAUACUUCGUAGAGUAGCUGGGCAUCCAUAUAUCAUUGAGUUGCAUGAUGUUUUUGAAUCUAGUACAUUUAUAUUUUUAAUUUUUGAAUUGUGCAAAAAUGGAGAACUGUUUGAUUAUCUCACAUCUGUUGUGACACUUUCGGAAAAAAAGACACGUUACAUUAUGAGGCAAGUAUUUGAAGGAAUUCAACAUGUGCACAAUCAAGGAAUAGUGCAUAGAGAUUUGAAACCUGAGAACAUUUUGCUGGAUGAUAACAUGAAUGUAAAGAUAACAGAUUUUGGAUUUGCCAGAAUAUUGAAGCCUGGAGAUAAACUAGAAGAUCUUUGUGGUACACCUGGCUACUUAGCACCAGAAGUAUUAAAGUGCAAUAUGUUUGAGAAUGCGGAAGGUUAUGGAUUUGAAGUGGAUAUAUGGGCAUGUGGUGUGAUUAUGUUUACUCUAUUGGUUGGCUGUCCUCCAUUUUGGCAUCGAAAACAAAUGGUUAUGCUUAGAAACAUAAUGGAGGGAAAAUACUCAUUUACAUCGCCCGAAUGGUCUGACAUAACAGAGGCUCCAAAAGACUUAAUACGAAAACUGCUAGUUGUUGAUCCUAAAAAAAGAAUUUCUAUAAAAGAUGCUUUGGAGCAUUCAUUCUUCCACACUGUUCUGUGGGAUCAAGACAUCGCUCCUCUAAAACGUUCUCUGUCAUCUAACUCACGACGUCUGAGUAGGAUAUCUCAGUUAGCUUUGGAGUUGAAGGCCAAAUCGUUUAACGCACGAAAGAGAUUCCAGUUGGCGAUCAUUUGCGUGAGAGCUGUUAUCCGUAUUAAACGGUUGCAUAUCACACCUGAACCGCUUUCAACACAAGUAGCAUGUACCGAUCCGUAUAGGAUUAAACUUUUGCGAAAGGUGAUUGACGGUUGCGCGUUUCGAGUUUAUGGGCAUUGGGUGAAAAAGGGAGAAGGCCAGAAUCGUGCAGCACUAUUCGAAAAUACACCAAAGACGGAAUUAAAACAUCUGUAUGUUAGUAAUUUAAGUAGAUAACUAUUGUUUUCUUAAAUUGCACUUAGUUAAUUUGAAUGUAGUUUCCGAAAGCGUCUUAUCUUUUAGUUUUCAUGAAAUUUUGUGAGCACAUACACACACAUGCUCUUUGGAACAAUUUCACAGAAUUUUAUGCAAACUGAAGGAUGAACUUUUAUAAAACUUUACUAUGACCGCUUAAUUUUCUUGAUACUUGAAUCUCGAUGGUCUAAUAAAAGUUUUACGUCAAAGAAAAGCAUAAUUAUAGAAGUGUUUAAAACAGUGAUCUUUACUGAUUAGACAUUUUCGAGAUAAAAGAAUAAAAAAAUUAUCAAAUUAUUAAAAUUAAGAUAUAUAUAUGUAUAUGUGUGUGGAGACACAUGCAGAUUCUUUACUAUAAAUUUUACCAUGGUCUCAAUCAUAUUUCCGUAUCAAACAUCUUAUCACUUAGAGAAUUAAAUAUCUACAAUAAUGUAGACAUAAUUUUCUGACAAUAUUUUUAAGUAUUUUAAGAAAGUACUGGACCUGUCUGCUAUACCGACCAAACGAGCACUUGGUAGUUUAAAUUUAUGUUCGUAUUUACUUCUCGAACAAGUAAUUUUCCAAAAUAAAAAAAAUCUAUUUCAAAGUUUUAUUAAAAUUGAGAAAAUUUCUUUGCAGUUAUUUUGAAUGUGUGAUAUUGCACUGUAUUUGAAAUUCAAGAGUUAAUAUAUGAGAAUUUAUUUCAAGAGUAUAUGAAAAAAAAUAACAAGAAUGUAGUCAAAUCAUCGAACUACGUUUUAGUAGGAUAUAAUAACCAAAAAAUUUAAAUUUUAAAAUUUAAACGUUUGGAAUUAACAAUUUUUUUAACAUGCGUUUGUCCUUCUUUCUCUAGUGUGAUGUUUGAUGUCAUUUGUGUCGGUAACAGCAGUCACGUAUAUAUAUAUGUAUAUAUAUACACAUGUAAUCAACUCUUCUUAAGGUUCAGUUCUUUUCUCGUCUAAAUUUUUAGUGUGUAAUUUUCCAUCUUUGACAACAUUGCUACAUGUGACAAUGGUUGUGUAAACUAUUUGCUAACUAAACUUUUGUAUCAAGUUUUUUUAUUUUCUUUUUUUUCUAUCAAAGAAAUAAUAUGAUAAAAUGGUGCUAAAAAUUUGUUCUUUCAUAAAAUUCAUGAUUUUUUUAGCCCCUAGUUAAACAAGUUUAUUUUUGUUUUGCCUAAUAUUAAUAGACCUAAAAAGUAUCGAACACUAUUUUAUGAACUUUAUAUAUAAUUGUCUCAUGUGAUAAAGAGAAUUAAUAUAUUAUAUACAUGAAAAUACAAAAGUUUUAAGGAAAAAUUUAUAUUUUGAUGUGAGACUCACAAUAAUGCAUAUACUUACUAUUUGGUAAAUAAUCUCUUUAUUUAUUGUGAAUACACACACAAGUAUUAGAGAUUUAUGUUUCUGCUUACAGAGUAAUAUAAUAGAUAAUUCAUUCUACAUAUAUAAAAUUACCAUUUGUAUUAUUUGUUCCCAAAGAAAGAAUAGUUUUGUCAAUAGGUAAUCUUAUGUUAUAUGUAUAUACACAUAUACAUACCGCAUACAAAUUUCUUUUUGUGUAUUGAAUAACAUAAGUUUUUAAAAUAUCAUAGAGAAGAGCAGUUAUGUUGUCAUUGCACUUUAUGUUAUAUGUUUCUAUUGAACAAAAGUUGUAAAGUUAUUUUCUGAAAAUUUAUGAUUUUUGAGUCACAAAUGAGAUGUGACAUGUGUAUGUGUGUGUGUGUAUGUAUACAUACAGUAUAAAUUAUGAUUUGUUGUAUUGAAUAAUGUUCAUAUGAGAGGAAUAUAUUAUUGUUGUUUUUCUCAUUGUUUGUGUGCUUAUGUCACAAAACAAAUUGAUAACUAUAGUUUUGUUAUAGUUUAAGUUUUGUAUAGAAAUCACUAUACAGAUUGCAAAUUAUAAAUAACUAUAUCUAUAUUAAAAUGUAUAUUUUAUAUUGUGAGAAAUAUAAGAGAAAGAGAUAAUAAGGAAUGUUCCUGAAAGACAAGUCAUAGUUGAUUACAUAAAAGUAGAAAUAAUUCAUAUACAUAUAUUAAAGAGUAUAGUAAAACUCUGGUUUUAAAACAAAUAUGAAUAUAUUUUAUUUAACUAGAUAAAAAAAAAGAAACAAAU